UUUAUAAUGAUAAUUACGGCAAAUCUGGAGACAGCGGAAAUAAUGUGAUGUUUUGUUUUGUUUUUCAUUUGGUCAGCAAUGUCCUCGGCAGGACUCGUCAUACAAUCUUAACAUCAAAGGGAAAACACGAAUGAUGCCUCGAUUUGAAUAUGAAAUGACAUCGGUAUGGGGAACAAAACACCUUUUUCCAUAGAAACUGCGUUAAUUUGGUAGUGGAAAAGUGUUGAAAAUGACGGUCUCUAUUUUAGUCAUUUUGUGUGCAUUCUUCGUGGCUGGUGUUUAUACAUAUGGAGUGUCACAGUCUGUGAUGGAGGGAGAAUCAGUGACUUUAUUCACUGGUGUUGAAACAAACAAACAAAAAAAGAUAAGAUGGUAUUUUAAUGAAAUUCUCAUCGCUGAAAUCAAUGGAGAUCUCAAUUAUAGCUGUACAGAUGUUCAGUGUAAAGAUGCUGAUAAGAGAUUCAGAAACAGACUGAAGCUGGAUCAUCAGACUGGAUCUCUGACCAUCAAAGACACCAGAACCACAGACUCUGGAGUUUAUAAACUAAAGACAAUAAGAAACAGUGAAGACAGUGUAAAGAUCUUCAUUGUUACUGUACAUGGUUUUUUUAGUAUUAAUACAGAAGGAGAGUCAGCAUUUGUGACGGAGGGAGAUUCAGUCACUCUACACACUGAUGUUAAAACAAAUCAACAAGAAAAAAUUAGAUGGUAUUUUAAUGAUGCUCGUAUAGCUCAAAUCACUGGAGAUCUCAGUUAUAUCUGUACAGAUGUUCAGUGUAAUGAAGGUACUGAGAGAUUCAGAGACAGACUGAAUCUAGAGAAUCAGACUGGAUCUCUGACCAUCAGAGACAUCGCAACCACAGACUCUGGAGUUUAUCGUCUACGUAUCAGCAGCAACAACAACAACAGUGAAAAGAUUGCCAUUGUUGCUGUAUAUGAUGCUCCUGAUGCUGAACGAGAUAAAAUGAAGAGAAAGUCAGUGAAGGAGGGAGAAUCUGUCAGUUUAGAUCCUGGUGUAAUUAAAAACCUGAAUGGUUUGAUGACAUGGUAUUUUAAUGACACUCGCAUAGCUGAAAUCACUGGAGAUCAGAGUAAAAUCUGUACAGAUGGUCAGUGUGAAGAUCCUGAUGUGAGAUUCAGAGACAGACUGAAGCUGGAUCAUCAGACUGGAUCUCUGACCAUCACAAACACCAGAACCACAGACUCUGGACUUUAUACACUACAGAUCAACAGCAGCAGAAUCAGUAUCAUAAAGAUAUUCAGUGUUAAUGUCACUGCUGUUCCAGAUUCAAGAGUGUCUUCAGCUGCUGAAGGAGGAAUGUAUGCUGUUGUUCUGCUGUUUACGGCUGCAGCAGUUACUGCUGUGAUUUACUGUCGGAAACACCGGAAAUCUGCACAAGCAGGACGAAAUGGCAUCAUUAGGCUGCACAGUUACAAUGAGGAGAAUGAUGUAAAACACUCGACUCCUUUAUCAGAAUGUGUUUUAACUGAUGACUGCUGAUAAUGGGACAUCACCGUAGCAUUAAUUAUGAUUAUUUGGGUAACUUGGAUGGGAAAUGAAGGAGAGGACUGGAACAAGCUUAAAUUCUCAUCAGUCACAGAGAAGUGGGUCUACUCGGUACCAAUUCUGAUGUUUGUUGAUUUGUACUAAAUUAUGUAGAGUUGAAAUGUGGAAACAUACAUUAUUCCUUCUAUUUUGUUUCAACAUAUGUAUUGCACAUUGGAAAGUAAUAUACUGUAAGCAUACUUAAUAUACUGUUAUUUUUUUACUGCCAAGUUUGUACAUUCACUCUCUUUGUUCAGUUCCUGUUGCCUUAAGGUGACGCUCACUAUUUUAUUACUUCACAUUAUCUGUCCAUUAUAGAUAUUUCAGUUUAAAAAUGUAAAGUUGUGUUGAAUACAAGUGUUUGUUAAAUGAUUCGAUGUACAUAUAGAUGUUUGUUUUGUCAGUCUCAGUCUCCUUCAGUUAUGUUCACGAAACAUGUUCGGCCGUGUUGCAUUUGUUCAGAGUGCUUGGUAUUUUUCUUUUCUUUUUCUUUUUUGUUUUGUGUGUGUUUGUUUUUUUUUUUUUAGAAUAUAAUCACUGUGAUUGAAAUGAUAACCUUUGCUUGAAUUUUCUGCAUGCUCGGUCUGUAUUAAAUAUACUAUUAAAUAUACUGUUAUAACUGA